AUGCUGCAUCAGGAUCAGCCAGAAGCGCAAGUACCACAGAAGCCCAAGGACAAACCGGAGGAGCAACCUGCAGCACAAAUGGGUGUUGCUGACAGGAACGAUCCAGAUCCACAGGAAGGCAGAAGUAGUGUUUCGGUAACAACGUCAUGUCUCGGCGGCGGGUUGCCACAAUCGACUAAGCAGGUGCUGCUUCAGACGGCAAUAAUCGAUGUGGAGGAUGUACACGGUCGUCUCUAUCCUUGCCGUGCGCUGUUGGACUCAGGUUCACAGGCACACAUCUUGUCGGAAUCGAUGGCACGAGUUCUCGGUUUGCCGACCCUGAAAUGCAAAAUUACCGUAGUAGGAGCAAACGCAGUGAAGACUCAAGCAAAGAAAGGAAUGAACCUGAAUUUCUCGUCGAGGUACUGCUCACUUCAAGACAACAUCACGUGCUUGAUUUCGGAAAGGCCGACUGGGAAUGUACCAUCGAUGGCGAUCGAUGUAUCAUCGUGGAACGUACCGCAAGGGUUGCGGUUGGCGGAUCCAGAUUUCUUCAAGCCACACGAAAUUGAUUUGGUGCUUGCUUCUAAUUACGUCUGGGAUUUGCUUGGAACCAAGAAGGUGGCGCUGUCAAAUGGUACAACGUCACUGCGAGAAACGGAUCUGGGCUGGAUCGUUACUGGUACAUACGACCCGUACCAACAGGUGAGUGGCUCUAUUUUGAUCACAAAUGUUGCAUUACAAGAUCCACUAGCUGAGAAACUGGAGAAGUUUUGGUCCGUUGAGGAGGUGACGGAAUCUCCACCCUUGAACACUGAAGAACAAGAAGUUGAGCAGCAUUUCCUGGAAACUUAUCGCCGGGACGAAUCUGGUCGUUUCGUGGUCCAGAUGCCGUUUCGGGAAACCGUCGCUGAGCUUGAUGACAAUAGAAACCUAGCAUUGAAGCGUUUCUACACUCUCGAGCGAAAGCUAUCCCGCGCUCCAGAUCUGAGGAGCCAGUACUGUGAAUUCAUGCGAGAAUAUCAAUUGCUUGGGCACUGCAAAGAGAUCAGAGAAGAAGAAGACGUAUCUGAACUGCCGCGAUACUACUUACCGCACCACGCGGUGUUUAAGCUGGCGAGUUCGUCAACCAAAGUAAGGGUAGUAUUUGAUGCUAGCGCAAAAUCUUCGAAGUACUCCCUGAACGACGUGAUGAAAACUGGACCAACCGUCCAGAACGAUAUAUUUUCCGUGGAUCUUCGUUUCCGACGCCAUACGUUUGGAUUUUCCGGCGACGUAACCAAAAUGUACCGGCAGGUCGGUGUCGAUGGAACCCACACCCGAUUCUUGAGGAUUUUCUGGAGAGAGGAUCCUUCAAAGCCCCUGAGAAUUUUGGAACUGGUAACAGUGACAUACGGAACGGCUGCAGCACCGUUUCUUGCGACCAGAAGCUUGGUGCAAUUAGCAGUUGAAGAAAAACACCGGUACCCAGUUGCAUCGAAGAUGGUGAUAGAAGAUGUAUAUGUGGAUGAUAUGCUAUCUGGAGCAGAUACAGAAGAAGAAGCUUCUCAACGCUUGUUGGAAGUGAAACAGUUGCUAUCCGCAGGCGGAUUUCCGAUUCGCAAGUGGAGCUCGAAUUCAGCGGUAGUGCUUGAAAGUGUGCCUGAAGAAGAACGAGAAAAAUUAGUGAGGAUUGGUGAAAGUGGUGUCAAGGAAGGAAUCAAAGCACUCGGAAUGUUCUGGGAUACGAAGAAUGACCAGUUCACGUUCGAGAGUUGGUCAGAAGAGGUCAGUAACCGAUCGCUAACGAAGCGGUGCGUCCUUGCUGAAAUUUCGAAGCUGUAUGAUCCGUUGGGACUCGUCUCACCGGUGAUAGUAUGUGCCAAGAUCAUAAUGCAAAAACUCUGGUCUUCCAAGUUAAACUGGGAUGACGAACUGGAGGAAGACAUUCUGGUUGAGUGGGUGAAUUUUCGAGCUUCGUUGACGACGCUGAAUCAGAUUCAAGUGCCACGAUGUGUUAAGCUAUCUGGUGCCAUUCGGUACGAGAUCCACGGGUUCGCGGAUGCUUCGAUAGUAGCGUACGGAGCCUGCAUAUAUUUGCGAUGUGUGUUGCCUGACGGAAGUGCGGAGCUGCGUCUUAUGUGUGCGAAAUCAAGAGUGGCACCGUUGAAGGCGACAACAAUUCCAAGACUAGAGUUGCUUGCUGCUUUGCUUCUAGCGCGGCUGGGGGCAAAGGUGAUUGAAGUGAUGGAGAUGGAUUACUCGGAGGUUACGUUGUGGUCUGACAGUCAGAUUGCAUUGGCUUGGUUGAAGAAACCACUCGGUUCUUUGGAAACUUUCGUUCGAAAUCGCGUGGCAGAGAUCAACAGGCUCACGAAUCGUUACACUUGGAAGUACGUGAACACAAAACACAAUCCUGCUGACGUGGUGUCCCGAGGUCAGACUCCAGCCAUGUUAUGUAAGAAUAACCUCUGGUGGAGUGGACCUGAUUUCCUGAGACAAGAAGAGUACUGCAGUCCUCAACCCGCGCCGAUUCGGGAAUUGGAGAUUCCAGAGUUGAAGGUGACGGCGGUUGUUGCGGAAAACAUCGAGGCCCUGCCCGUGUUUGCAAAGUUCAGCAGUUUCCGUAAGCUGCAACGAGUAAUUGCCUACGUUCUGCGUUUUGUUCGGAAUUGUAGACGCAAAUCGACUAAGUGCCCAGGAAUCUCAUCAAAAUUUGUGACAGUUCCUGAAAUGAGAAGCUCGCUCAAGUGCAUUGUGAAGGUAGUCCAGAUGUUGGAGUUACCUAAUGAAAUCCAUAGCAUAGAGAAAGGUGAAAUUCCACAGCGACUCGCAACCCUUAGUCCACUGCUCGACGAUGAUCAUCUGUUGAGGGUUGGAGGUCGUUUGCAGGAAUCGGAACUAUCAUACGAGACCAAACAUCCGUUUGUUUUGCCAAAUCAUCCAGUAGCCGAAAUGAUCGUCAGAGCUCUUCACAUCGAAAACCUGCACGUGGGACCUUCUGGCCUAUUGGCAAUUGUUCGGCGAAAUUUCUGGCCUUUGAAAGGUCGAUCCACAACCAGGAAGGUUACGCGAGGUUGUAUCCAGUGUUUUCGUACCCAGCCUCGAGGAAUUCAGCAGCUCAUGGGCAGUCUACCUGAAGAACGUGUCAAUGUUGCCGCUCCAUUCGAAUUCACCGGUGUUGACUACGCCGGUCCUGUUACGGUCAAGCAAGGGAAAUAUCGGCCAAAAUUAGUGAAAGGAUAUAUUGCAGUGUUUGUGUGCAUGGCAACAAAGAAUCUGCAUUUGGAGUUAGUGUCAGAUCUUACCUCCGAAGCGUUCAUUGCAGCAUUGGAGCGCUUCAUCAACCGUCGGGGCCAGCAAUCAAUCGAACCGCAACCUGGACCUUUGACCAAGAAACAGUGA